AUGGCCAGCCAACAGCGUCUGCGAAUCCUCCUUGUGGGCAACGGUGGCCGCGAGCAUGCCAUCGCCUGGAGGCUUGCACAAUGUCACUCGGUCGAAAAAGUUUUCGUUGUCCCCGGCAAUGGAGGUACCGCCAUCGCGUCGCCCAAGGUCGUGAACAUUGACGACAUUGCGCCCGACAACUACAGCAAACUUGUCGCGCUGGCCCAGACAGAAGGCGUUGGUCUCGUGGUCCCUGGUCCAGAUGUUCCUAUCGUCGACGGCAUUGAAGGCUACUUCCGCGCCGCCCACAUCCCGUGCUUCGCGCCUUGCAAGGCUACCGCUCAAAUUGAGGGGUCUAAGGCUUUUGCAAAAGGCUUCAUGCAGCGCCACGGCAUUCCGACCGCCAGGUACAAGACUUUCUCACCUGGCCUGUGA